AUGAUCCACAGCAGACUGCAGCACUGCAUACUGAUAGCCGGCUACCUUGCCUACCUGUUGGUGGGUGCCCUCAUCUUCCAGGUUCUGGAGAAGGGUGCUGAGAGGGAACAACAUGGCACAGUCUUUAGAAUGAAGGAGGACUUCUUGGCAAACUUCACCUCUCGCAGCCCAGCAGACGUGGAGGUCUUUGUAGAGAAACUGAUAGAAGCUAUUAGGAUGGGAAUAUAUCCAAUAGGAAACAAGCUUCCCGAUGAACACAGCACCUGGGAUUUCAGUAAUUCUUUCUUCUUCGUGGGCUCUGUGUUAUCCACAAUAGGCUAUGGAAACCUCUCUCCCAAAACAGCAGGUGGUCAGCUCUUUUGUGUCAUUUUUGCUCUCUUUGGCAUCCCCUUGAAUAUUGUCUUCUUGCACCACAUUGGCAAGAUUCUCUCAACUCUCUGCGAAAGGCUUGCUAAGUGGCUGUGUAAGAAGGGAGUAAAAAAGAAAACAACAAGAUGUUUGACUCUGCUGUUCUUCCUAGUUAUGGGAAUUCUAAUGUUCCUUUGUUUGCCAUCAGUCGUCUUUCAAGAGAUGGAGGGCUGGACUUACAGUGAAGCAAUCUAUUUUGCAUUUAUUACUCUCAGCACCAUUGGUUUUGGAGACUAUGUAAUAGGGAGGCAGCAUGGCAAGAAUUAUUUCACCGGCUACCGGAUUUUGGUAGCUAUUUGGAUUAUUUUUGGACUUGCCUGGAUAGCUCUGCUCUUUAAUCUACUAACAACAUUACUAGAAGACCCAGAGAAGAAACCCAUAGAGGAAUAUCUCCAGGUCAAGGCAGUUAUAAGAAAAAAGAAAACCUCAAAAAGGGUUCCAUCCACAAGAUUUCCACUGGAACAUAAUUUAUCAUUGCAUCCUGGUGGAGAUGGGCAGAAAAAUCAGAUAUAGCAUCUAGGAAACUUAUGGUCUG